CACUCAGUUGAAGUCUUUUGAUCGUGAUCGUAAUUCAGUCUACGCAAACCAGCGCCCGUUGAAAACUGCCAGCCAAAGAACAGAGCGGGUGAAACCACUCCCUCGGCGCAAAACCAGCUACGAUAAAUUAGUCUGCUGUCCUUGUUUGCCGUACACACUCGGCACACGGUUCCCCGGGGUUCGUUCCAUUCCGCUGAUUGGCCUCGGUUCAGCCCAGCCAGCGUGCAACAGUGUAGUACCCCGUAAGGCACGUCACGUUGUGUAGCGCUUCGGCGCAACAAGUCUAUCUGGUGCAACAUUCGGGCGAGUACAUAAGGGCGCACCCGGGCUGUGGCGGAACUUCAGUUUCUUCGGAACCGUCACAAGGAUAACAUCGGGAUUCUGCCAAACGGCUCGGAAAGGACACUCACUGCAGGUUGUGGAUGUUUUUCGGAAUCACAACUUCCGUGUUUGUGAAAUCUUGACUCUGUGCUCGCUUGUAUUCAAAGUGUGUGACCUGAAACGAAUUUUGUUGGAAAAGACGUUAAAGCAAUAAUUAAGCUUUUAAGCAAGUAAAGUGUGUGCUUGUGUUGGUGUGCUGAAUAGAAAGCAGCUUGUGUUUGUGUGCGUGGUUGUGAGAAAACCCAACCGAUAUGGCGGUCGGAUAUAAUGCCAGAGAGGACGAGGAGGCUGCCGUCCCGAAGUCGUCCCCAUCCUCAACCAUUCAUGGUAGCAGCAACAACAAUCAACCGCAGCCUCUGCACGGUGCCACCGCACCGACCGGUCUGUCGGUGAACGAACAGAACGAGGUACAGCUGGUGAUCGCGACACUGCAGGCCAGACAUUUGAUGCACCGGAUCAUCUCCAAUCUGUUAGAUCAUGCGCUGCUGUACGGCGGCUCGGCCAAUCCCGAUCAUCCUAGACCGUGCCCGGACUGUGUGCUGCUGGUGCUCCUGUGCGAUUACUACAUUUAAAGUUGAACUCCACUCCCUGUUGUUCAUCAUGUGGUUGCGAUGGUAUAGUCCCACUUAGACAGAAACGAGAUAGAGAGAGAGCGGACAAAUUUCCCAUUUUCUUUACCGAUCCGAUUGCUCGCCGACCGGAUUGGCGGCUCAUCAACAAGGACUGUGAUAAUGAUAAGAAGGGUUCAUGUUUUCUCUGCUUUCCCGUACGGCUCCUUCAAAAAAAAAAAAAAAAAAAACAUCGCUCGAUCGUGAGCGAGGCUGUACAGAAAAGUUAUGAGGGAUAUGGGAUGGGAAGCACUAAGUAAACAUGCAAGCCAACAGGUUAACUAUAAAUUUGAAACAAUUAGCAAUUGUAAUACAAUGUAAAUUUCGUAUUAAAGAUUCGUUUGUGACGAGGCAGUGGCGAAUGUGUGUGUGCUUAGUCGUAGUUUCGUCGAAUCGCUUUUUUGGGUUAAUGCGCAUGUAAUUGUUUGGUGGAUGUGUGUGAAUGCGCCCCUGCAUUACAUCUGCGUCUGUGCUACCGUUCUUCGUCUGCAAACCAAAUAAAUUGAGUGUUUUUGAA